UUUAUAUCUGAGCAAUGAAGUCAAAGCCCACCCACAGGAGGAGGCUGCUCAGGGGCAUCUGAGGGUCAUAUAAAACUUUCCCACAGUUGGAAAGCUUUUAGUUGGCAGCCCAGUGUCGAACUGAGACGGAGAAAGAGGAAGAGAAGGAACCCCAGCAAACCACGAUGGCAUCUUUGGGGCUGCAGAUUCUAGGCGUCGGGUUGGCGGUGCUCGGAUGGAUUGGAAACAUACUGAUCUGUAUGCUGCCCAUGUGGAAGGUGUCUGCUUUCAUCGGGAACAACAUCGUGGUGGCUCAGACCAUCUGGGAAGGACUGUGGAUGACCUGCGUGGUGCAGAGUACGGGCCAGAUGCAGUGUAAGGUCUACGACUCCCUGCUGGCCCUGCCUCCGGACCUCCAGGCAGCCCGGGCCAUGGUCGUCAUCGCCAUUUUGUUCUCUCUGUUCGGCCUGCUGCUCUCUGUGGUGGGAGGGAAAUGCACCACCUGCGUUGGGGACAAAGCAGCAAAAGCCAGAGUGGCCAUCUCUGCAGGUGUUUUCUUCAUCCUGAGUGGGGCUCUGUGUCUGGUGACUGUGUCACUGCCUGCCAAUACUAUCAUAAAGGACUUCUACAACCCCAUGGUUCCUGAUGCUCAGAGGAGAGAGCUGGGUGCGUGUUUGUACGUGGGCUGGGGAGCAUCAGGGCUUCUGCUGAUUGGUGGGGCUCUCCUAUGCUGCCAGUGUCCAUCAGGAGGAAACCGCUACAGCGGAGCAAAAUAUUCCCCACCGAAAUCCACAACACCCGGGAAGGAAUUUGUCUAACAUGAGAAGCAGCACUUUACAUACAGUACAAACCUGUUUCUUAUCAAGUUGUGAUUUGCAUUGUGACUAACUUCCUUUGACUAACACUCUGUGGCCAUUUGUUUCUGAAAAAUACAAAAGACUCUAUAAGGUAUGUGCCAUGUUAGAAAAAUGCAACAUGGAGUAAAGAUUUGCUGUUUAAUUCAUUUCUUUUUACUCAGUUUAUGUUUUGUGUUAUAAUUUCAGUAUUAAUUCAGUCUGACUCAGACUUUUCCUGAUGUUUCCAUUAUUGUGUUUGUAAGCACUUCAGAAAAGAGACAUGUAUUUGUCAUGUGAGAUUUAUUUUUCAGUUUCAUUUUGUUUUUCGUUCGGACAAUAAACAGUAUUUUUGUCAA